AUGGAGCAGCCACGUGAUUAUUACGAGAGGGAGAGGAAGAGGAAGAGUAAGCCUUUAAGAGUCACCAUAAAUGCCCCGAAACGGCUGCUGUCUUCGACGGUAACGCAAUCGCAGCCGCUGCCGUUUCUUCCGGAUGAACUCAUCAGAGAAAUUUUGCUGAGGCUUCCAGCAAGGUCACUGCUUCGGUUACGGAGAGUGUGCACUUCAUGGGAAUCCCUAAUUUCCAGCUCCCAAUUCGCCAAAGACCAUCUUCAACAUUCAACCGCCGCGGAUCCAAGUUUGAGUGGGCCACGAGUUGCUUAUCAUCAUAGUUGCCACUACGGAUUCGGAGAUUUCUCCUUACGCUCCUUGAUCGAGAACUCUUCCAAACCUACGGAAGUCGUUCUCUUCGAGGAGAGACGUAACUACAUGGUUAUUGGCUCUUGCAAUGGAUUGCUGUGCUUGCUGUUUGAUGUUGGCUUCAACACCUGUGUCAGGUUGUGGAAUCCCUGUACUGGAUUAUUGACAACCCUAUCAGUGGAAUGUGGAAAUUUCUUAUCGGUUCGCGGCUUCGGCUAUGAUCAUGUGAAUGACAAGUACAAGUUUGUUGUGAUUGUAAAGCACACGGGGAAAUAUACAACUAGAAUUUAUACAUUUUGUCGCAACCCUUCCAAGAGAGCCAUUCAAGGUAUCCCAUUUAGCAGCAUAAAGGGUGAUGGUAAAGGGGUAUUUGUUCCUGGCACCGCCACUCUUAAUUGGAUUCGUAGCCAUGCCAUCCUGGGUUGCUUGGUUUUUUCCCUUGACUUGGUGAAGGAGACUUUUAGUGAGUUUUCUCUGCCGCUCAAUGAUCCGGAUGAUAAAACCUUCAUCUUCCCACAGUUAUGUGUGCUGAGGAACUGCCUUGCAUAUUGUUUUAAUCAUGAGAAAACUCAUUGGUUCGUGUGGGUUAUGAAGGAGUAUGGAGUGCCUAAAUCUUGGACUAAAUUGGCCGUCAUCCCCUGCCAUCCGUGUCUAUCCAAUUAUCAUUUUCGUCCGUUGUAUAUCUGGGGAAACAAUAUUCUUGUGGCGGUUGCAUUAACUUCAAAGAUAGUUCUGUUUAAUUUGGAUAAUUGUAGCUUUGAAUUUCCUCAACGCGCUGUAUGGCUCGAGUACGGUGUCAAAGCAAGAGCCGCUGCAUCGGUUCCCGGAUUUGAAUAUUUAAAAGAAAAAAAGAAAAUUGGUAAGAAUUUAAAGAGAGGCUUGUUAACUGCAUCCAAUGGUGAGGUGAGUGAGAUUGAUGUCACUGAUAUUGGAACUCUUGAAAGAAAGAAAGUGUUGCAAAGGUUGGUAGGUACUGCUGAAGAGGAUAAUGAGAAGUUUCUGUUGAAGCUGAGGGAAAGAAUUGAUAGUUAUUUAAAUUAUCUUCAUAUCCUUUCAAGCCAAAAGAAGCAAGUGACCAUUCUUAAAGAUACUAGUGGAAUUGUAAGACCUUGCCCUCCAAGUUCUGGAAAAACCACACUUCUUUUGGCUCUGGCAGGAAAGCUUGGUCUGGAUCUUAAGGUUAGUGGCAGAGUUACCUAUAAUGGCCAUGAAAUGAAUGAGUUUGUACCUCAAAGAACUGCAAUAUACAUUAGCCAGAAUGAUGUUCAUAUUGGAGAAAUGACUGUGAGGGAAACCUUGGCUUUCUCAGCAAGGUGUCAAGGGGUUGGUUCAAGAUUCGGUUAG